AUGCCAUCACGUUCCGCCGUGACCUGUGGCAGCCUGCUGUCGCUCCUCGCCCUCUCGACCUCCUUUGGCGUCACCGCCGCCACCGACGCACAGCGGCUCACCACCUAUGUCGACCCCCUCAUCGGCACAGAGGGCCCAACGCCCGGCAGCGCCAUCGCAGGCGGCAAUGCCUUUCCCGGCGCCGCCCUGCCGUGGGGCAUGGCCAAGCCCGGCAUCGACACCAGCUACCUCGGCCUCGCCCCGGGCCUUGCCGUCGACGUAAACUCGGGCUACUCUCCCCUCGGCAACCUCACCGCCGUCAGCAUGAUGCACGUACACGGCACCGGCGGCGCACCCACCUACGGCAUCAUCUCCCAGAUGCCCAUCUACGGCAGCCUCGACGCCGUCAACCUCGCGGACAACACCACCUACUGGCAGAACCGCUCCCUCGCCGCAGAGCGCGCCCAGGUCGGCCGCUUCUCGACGAGCCUGCUCAACGGCGUCAACAUCUCCAUGUCCGCCUCCUCGCACUCGGCCGUCGUCCGCUACGACUUCCCCUCAUGCGACCAGGAGCGCCACAUCCUCGUCGACCUCACCCACGUCCUUCCCGCCAACUCGUCCUUUGCCUACACCCAGAAGUUCACCGGCGGAGCUCUCAAGCUGGGCAGGGACAGCUACGAGGGUCACGCCACCUACUCGGGCGGCUGGGCUCAGGCGUCGGCCCACAAGGUCUACUUUUGCUCAAACAUGACGUCCGUAUCCGGCCAGGCAAAGGGCGAGACCUUCAGCUGGCAGUACGAUCCCUUCCACCCGCCGUCGACCAAGCCGGUGCUGCGCCCCUUCCAGAGCGUCCAGGCAGGCGCCGGCUCUGGCAUGGGCAUCGGCGCUCUCUUCACCCACCCGCCCACGCAGGCAGCGCAGUGCUCCAUCGAGUCGCGCAUCGGCAUCUCGUACAUCUCGUCGCAGCGGGCCUGCCAGCACAUCCGCGACGAGCUGCCCGAGUCCAAGACGAUCGACGACGUCGUCGCAGAGGCAGAGACGGCCUGGCACGACCGCGUCCUCAACCGCGUCCGCGUCGUCGACGACGGCAACCCCAUCUCCUCCAACGCCACGCUCAAGCGCAUGCUCUACACGGCCCUCUACCAGAUGGCCCUCCUGCCCACCGACAAGACAAACGAGCAGCCCAACUGGAAGUCGUCCGACCUCGAGCCCGCCUACGACGAUUUCUAUACGCUGUGGGACCUGUACUCGCACACGAUGCCCCUGUACCACCUCAUCUUUACCGGCGAGUUCAGCCGCAUCCUCCGCAGCAUGAUCGCCAUCUGGAAGUUCGAGGGGUUCAUGCCCACGGGCCGGUCGGCGCAGACCAACGGCCGCGUCCAGGGCGGCACCCACGCCGACUUUAUCCUCGCCGACGCCUUCCUCAAGUCGACAGGCAAGGGGCCCGGCAAGCUCGCUGCCGAGGGGCGCAACGAGGUGUACGGCGUCGACUGGCAGCAGGCUUUCAAGGCCGCCGACAAGGAUGCGUCCGUGCUGCCGGAGCGCAACGCCGAUCCCGUCGCGUUUGACGGCGCGACAAAGGAAGGCCGAGGUGCGCUCGACGAGUACAACGACUACGGCUUCAUCACCCGCAACCACACGCGCAGCGUCAGCCGGACCAUCGAGUACGCCUUCAACGACUUUGGCAUCUACGCCCUCGCCAGCGGCCUCAAAAAGGCGGCCAAGGUCCUCGACCGCUACCGCAAGCAGGCUUCGCGCUGGACCUUGAUCUGGAACCCGGAUGCCUCGACCGAGCUCGCCGGCGUAGGGAGCUUCCGCGGCUUCCCCUGUCCGCGCAACGCCGACGGCAGCUGGAACACGACCAACUACGACCCCAAGUCGUGCGGCGGCUGCGGCUGGGGCGACGAUUUGUACGAGGCCAAGGUGUGGGAGACGGCCUUCGGGUCCGCACCGCACGACACGGCCAAGCUCAUCGAGCUCAUGGGAGGCGACGACGCCUUCCUCAAGCGUCUCGAGGCUUCCUUCCUGCCCGGGUUCGGCACCAGCGUCGGCGUCAACAACGACGCUGGCACCUCGCUGUGGAACGCCGGCAACGAGCCCAGCUUCACGGCGCCGUUCCUCUACAACCUGGUCCCGGGCAACGCCUGGAGGACCGUCAAUGAGACCCGGCACAUUGUCGACCGCUACUACUCGGACACGCGGAACGGGUAUCCGGGCAACGUCGACGCCGGAGCCCUCAACUCGUGGCUGCUUUGGAACCUCGUCGGCCUGUCGCCACUCGCCCCUCUGCCCAUCUACUUUAUCUCGGCGCCUCGCUUCCCGACGCUCGAGAUGGACCUCUUUGCGGGCACCAACAGUUCGACGACGCUCAGGAUCACCGCCAACAAGCUCGACACCCAGUCCAACUUCUACCCGCAGAGCGUCACGCUCAACGGCAGGCCGGUCAAGCGCGGCUGGCUGUGGCACCACGAGCUGGCGCAAGGUGGCGACCUCGUCUUUGAGAUGGGGCCCGAGCCGGCGCAGUGGGACAAGGAUGGCGAGCGCGUCCCCAGCCUGAGCACCGGCGACUUUGACUAG